AUAAAAUUUUGACAAAAGGGAACAUGGGUGCGAAAGGACCCACUGGUUCGGUUCCUUUCGUUUGUUUUUUAAUUUUUUGUGCGGAGUUAAUUUUUUGUUAUUUUUCUUUUUGAGGCAUUUUCUAAGCUUUUUUAAAUUAAAAUUAUUUUUUAGGAAAUUUUUCAAUAUCCAUCUGGAAUACCUACUGAUCCUCAAUGUAUUAUGGAAGGUUAUCUUUUCAAAAGAGCAACAAAUGCUUUUAAAACUUGGAAUAGAAGAUGGUUUAUGAUUAAAGACAGUAAAUUGCUUUAUUUACACAAAACUGUGGAUGGUGAACCAGAAGUCCCAACAGUAAUGGAAGAAAAUUUAAAGCUUUGUUUAGUUAGACCAGCUCCAGCAUCAAUAGAACGUGCUUGUUGUUUUGAAUUGGUUACACCUUCAAAAAAUCAUUUAUUGCAAGCAGAUUCUGAAUCUCUUUGUAAUGCUUGGAUUAGAGCUAUUCAACGGACUAUACAACAUUUACAUGAAGAUGAUCAAGGAACUUAUACACAUUCAAGAAGAUCAUUUGUAGAGAAUUUUGAAUCAAAAACGCCACAAUCUGUUCAUUGCAAACUUGAUACAGCAUCAACUUCAUCUGCCAAAAGUGAAGGGGGAGGAGAACAUUCUUCGGAAUCUUGUAGUCUACAAGAAAGAAAAUCAAAUCUUGGCAUUACAACCACUUCAAGACAUUCUGACAAUGAAAAACAAAAUAUGAAAAUAUUUUUAAAAGAAUUACUUUCUAUUCCGGGAAAUGAAAAAUGUGCAGAUUGUGGGUCAAGAGAUGCAAAAUGGACAAGUUUAAAUUUGGGGAUUAUUAUUUGUAUUGAAUGUAGUGGUGUUCAUAGAGGUUUGGGUGUUCAUUUUUCUAAAGUUCGGUUAGUUGUGUUAAGAAUUUAUUUGUAAUAUCCUAUCUUUUUUUUUCUCGGUAGCUAUUUUUUCCUCGGUCUUUUUAUCCUAGUCCAACGGAGCUGGUCGGCGUUUGGUCCCAAAAGUAGUAACCAGGGCUGUCUGCAAGUAAAAAAAUUUUCCGCAACCGCAAUUCGCAGUCCGCAAGUCCAAAAAAUCACGCAAUUUACGCAUC